UCAAGUUUCUGUCGGUGAGCCCCGAUCUAAAGCCACGUGGACAGUCACCAUUAAAAAAAAGUCGGGGACUUCGAGCUGUGAUCUGAUAUGAUAUCUUAUCAUCAUCUAACACUCGCCACUUCCACCACCAUGACUCUGCCCAUGGCGUCCUCGUCCAAACCUCGUCGAGUGAUCAUCGGGGUCUUGGCACUCCAAGGUGCUUUCAUAGAACACAUUCACUACCUUGAACGACUGCGUAUCCCCAACACUGUCAUUCGAGCCAUCCCCAUCAGGACAGCAGAUCAGUUGGAAUCAUGCGAAGCGUUGAUCAUACCCGGCGGAGAAAGUACUGUCAUUCAAUCUGUGGCCGAGAGAACGGAAGGAUUGUUACCGAUCUUACUGGAUUUUGUCAGGAAUCCACAGAGAGCUGUAUGGGGAACGUGUGCUGGGAUGAUCCUUAUGGCGGAGGAAGAUGGCAUCGGAGGAGGAAAGGUCAUCAAAGGGAGACCGCCGCAAAAGGGUUGGGGAGGUAUCGAAGGGUUGAAAGUGUGGAGAAAUCUAUAUGGAACCCAACUCGAAUCGUUCGAAGCGCAUAUGGAAAUCCCAGCCCUGUCUCAGCCGACCAAACCAUUCAACUGUAUAUUCAUCCGAGCACCAGCAGUCCACUCGCUCCAGCCAAAGUCUACGUCUGUAGCGGAUCUGACGCAAGACCUCCAUCACACCAUCGCCCCAACGGAGACCUCCACCACCAUCGAGGUCCUCGCCACUCUUCCUAGCGAAUGUACACCGCCUCCGCCACCUCAGGAUUCGCAUCUUGGUCCAUCGAACCAUGAGGAUCUAGGCAAAGUCAUGAUCCGUCAAGGUUCGAAACUCGUCACGUCCUUCCAUCCGGAGCUGAGUGGAGAUACGAGGAUACACCAGUAUUGGGUGGAAAAGUGUGUUUUGGGAAUGUAAAGGGAGAGAGAACUGGUCGCAGAGCAACCUUUCAGAGUCGCAGAAAAUACCCAUCACUACAGGCAUCGCUUUACACCACAGCAAACCGCAUCACAUCACCGCAUCGCAUCGCAUCACCGCGUCGCAUCACCGCGUCUCAUCACUGCGUCGCAUCAACACAUCACAUCAGAUUGCA